GUAAAAGCUGCUGUUCUACUGUUCCAGUACAAGGUCAACUAUGAUGUAAAAAGAAAAAAAGGAAAAAGGAAAAAGGAAAAAAAAGAGCUUGUUACGCAAGAAGUAAAAAGAUAAUCCGAAAACAGGUCUAAUACCCAGGAUUGUCGAUUGUCGCAGUCAGUAAUGUUAUGAUGUCACUCGUGAUGAAUGUUGGAGAUACAGAUGUAUAUUGACAAGUCGAACAAUCUCAUGACUAGAGACAAAAAGGAUAAUUAUGUCCAUUGGACAGCUAAAUCGGGACAUCUUGCAUCUAGAGUGGAAAAAAAAACAACAACAACAGCAAGUGAAUGUUGGAACUAACUUUGAAACAAUUGCUUAAUCUCAACUAGGAUGUUUUUUGCUGGAUGCACCCUUCUAUCUAUUCCUAUUCUCAUCCCAAUCAACAUGAAAGGCGGUAUCAACGGAAAAGGUCUUCAACUUUUUAAUAUCGGUAACGUCAACACGCAAUGGCGUCUCUGGUUCCAUCUGACCUUGACGUAUAUCUUUACUGCUAGUGCAAUUGGUUUGUUAUGGCGAGAGAUGCAUGAGUACACUCGCCGUCGCCAUGCCUUUCUUUUGAGUGAAAAGCAUGGCAAGACACCCCAAGCGACCACUAUUCUUGUCACUGCCAUCCCCAAGGGACUCAAUUCUGAGAUAGCCCUUUACAACAUUUUCAAUCGAUUCCCUGGUGGAGUGGCAAAAAUCUGGAUAAACAGGCAUACCAAGAACUUGAUGAACCUUUGCAAGGAACGGAAUAAUGUUGUUAAGGAACUGGAGAUGGCAGAGUACAAAUACAUUCGGUCCGCUUACAAAAAACGAUCCAAAAACGAUCCACCAAUCAAGGAGCCUCAGCGACCCAUCGGAAAAACCUCCCGUAUUCCCUGCAGGGGUGAAAGAGUGGACUUGGUGGAGUACAACAUUGUGCGGUUGUGCCGACUUAACCAGCAAAUCGAGGAGGCUCAGCGUACCGGAUCACUAGAGUCGCUCAAUUCGGCAUUUAUCCAAUUUCGUAGCCAGUUUGCAGCGCACAGUGCUGUCCAAACAGUUGUCCACCCCAAACCGUUCAUGAUGGCACCUAUAUACGCAGAAAUCUCUCCAUUAAAUGUUGUGUGGGACAAUAUGAGUCUGGAUAGUUUGGCCAGGAAGGGACGCUACACCACGAUCCUCGUCGCGUCCACUGCCAUGAUCUUGUUAUGGACGAUCCCCACCAUCUUCAUCUCUUCACUUGCAACCAUCUCGGAUAUCGUUUCAAAGGUUUCGUUCCUGGCCUUCCUGGAAAAACUCCCUACAGGGAUACUGGGUAUUAUCCAGGGUAUCUUGCCUCCAUUGCUGCUUGCAGGACUGAUGGCGUUACUUCCCGUUCUGUUGACUAUGAUGGCGACUUAUGAGGGUCAUGUCCGCUACAGUGAUAUUUCCCUCUCUGUCAUGUCCAAAUACUUUUUCUUUCUUGUGACUAAUGUCUUGCUUAUCUCUACUCUUUCUGGUGGGAUCAUCAAGACAUGGGAAAAGCUCACGGAAGACAGCUUCAGAUUCGACACCAUCAUCAGACGGUUUUCAGAGAACCUUCCUAAUGCUUCCACCUUCUUUAUCACCUACGUCCUACUUCGCGCUUUAACAGGACCAGCGCUGGAACUUUUGCAGAUCAUACCCCUGUUGCUCAACUUAUUCUUCACUCGUAUAUUGGCCAAGAGUCCUCGCCAGAUCUGGAGUGUCCAAGGCCGCUUGGAAUCGGUCAACUAUGGCAUUCUCUUCCCACCCCAAACGCUCAUGUUCUGUAUCGGCAUCGUAUACGCUACCAUGGCACCUCUAAUCCUGCCUUUUGUGACUUUAUAUUUCACAUUGCAUUACUUUGUUUUCCGUCAUCAGUUCCUUUACGUCUACCUCCAACCUUUCGAAACUGGUGGUCUAGCCUUCCCUAAAGCGGUCAAGCAAGUGUUUACGGGGAUUUUUAUUUCACAAAUUACGCUAUUUGGUAUCUUUUUGAUGAAACAAGCCGAUGCCAAUUUCGGGCCGGCUGUUCCACAGUUGGUCCUACUGGGGAUUUUAUUUGUCUGCACAGCGUUGGCGCUUAGUAAUAUGAACGAGGCAUUUAAUCCGCUGGUGGAAUUCUUACCUGUAGCGUUAUUUUCGGAUGACCUUCAUGUGGAUCAGGAUGGAGUUGUAACGGAUAGUACUGAGAGAGCAACCAAGGCAUCUCGACAUCUCCACGAUGAGGAGGCUGUUAGACCCAAUGAUGACAAUAAUGGGGCAAUCAUGCGUCUGGAUAAUCUUUCGAGAGACAACCUUACUUCAGAACGAUUUCCUCUCCCUGAAGACAAUGCUCAGCCUCGAAUCCAGACGAAUAAACAGGAACAGGAUGAUAACAAUGAGCUUGAAGACGGCUACUCUAUGAGACCAGUUAUACAUGAAGAUACAAUGCUUGACUAUUCAACACAAUCUUUCAGACAUCGUCAUCCAUACACGAAUCAUUUAACAACGCUUUCUACCGAUCAUGAGCGGCGACGUUCGCUGUACAAGUCAAUGAGUGCACCUGACGAUGGAUUCAAGCACUCUUUGCAUCCGUCCAGUCCUGAGACGUCCAAGCUUUCGUUGUCUCAAUCAGCACAUCAGUUAUCACCACAGCUGAAAUACAUGCCUAUGCCGAUGCCAACGCAACAGGAGGAUUCGAAGAGACCAAGUUUACGAUCUCAUUACUUCAAUGACGGCAGCCCAAGGUCACUGGCCCGACCAAUGUCGUUCCUAGAUCGACCUCCAUCCUUUAUGAUGCACCGUAGGAGGCAGGGAUCUUUUGUCGAUAGACCUGGAUCCAUUUGGGUCGAUGGUUCAUCACCACCAUCACAAUCACGAUACCGCUUCCCACCUCAAGAGCAACAAUACCAACAACAACAAUGCCAAGAACAACAACAGCGCCAAGAACAACAACAGCAACAGCAACAACAACAGCAAUCAGUGGAUGGUGUGCCUAUAGCUCGCGGUCCAGAAGAUAUUGAGUUGGAACGCCUACAAGAUCAAGCCUACUGUCAUCCUGCCAUUUACAACGUACAAAAGCCAGUAUGGUUACCCAUGGAUCAGAGAGGGAUUGUACAGGGAGAAAUUGACAGAUUGACGAGUCUGGGGAUCGUUGUUGCGACGGAUGGCGCUAUACUAAACGGAGCCACUGCUAAAGCACAAGUUGGAGGAAUCAUUUAUGCACCAGGCGAAGAGAUUCAGUAUCGAUUAGAGCGCGGUGAAUAA